GUGUGUGUGUGACCGUGAAGUCACCACAGUCACGUGACAGAGUCAGACAUGGCGUCCUCCCGGAGACUGCAGCUGUGUUUACGUUCAGGCUUCUACAGUCUCUUAUUUUACUUUAUUUAUUCUCACUUUGAAGUGGUUUUAACGGAGGAGGUGGAGAGCUGCGACGACCUGAAACUCGGACAGUAUCCUUUAUUAUUAUUAUUGAUUUUAACGUUUAUAUUAAUCAGGAGGUUAAUUAACGGGAGGGUCAGCUAACAUUAGCUACAGUUAUCAUCUUUACUGUUUAUCAAAGACAAAUUAAACAUCAUUAAACCUGAUAUAUCAGCUGAUUUUAGUGUGUGUUUGAAGGUUAGUUAGGACAGAUAAAAAGGCUGUGUGUUAUUAUACAGGUACAGAUUUAGUAAACUGGUGUUUUUGAUGUUUUACGUUAUUUAACCGUUUGGUUUGUCCACAUUUAUAAACGCCAGAGUGUGGACAUCUAGACCCAUUUAUGUCUACGUGUGGUCUUUAUCGUUUUCUGUUAAUCAGACUGAGAUAAAGUAAAGACAACAGCAGGUAAAAAACCACUAAAUUACAGCAACGAACACGAUAAAUGACCGCUAAAUAACGAUAAAACAGUUAGAUAAUGAUAAAACACUAUUAAAUAACGAUAAAACAGUUAAAUAAUGAUAAAACACUAUUAAAAACGCUAAAACACAUUUAAAUGACGGUAAAACAUUAUUAAAUAACGGUAAAACAUUGUUAACUGACAGUAAAUCACUGUAGAAUAAUACUUAAACACAGUUAAAUAAGAGUAAAACACCAUCACAGUGAUAUCUACUGCAGACAUCAGUGUUGAGGGUAUAAAUUUGUUAUAAUGACAUCAUGUUUAUAAAUCACUAUUGAUUAAACUGCUGCUGUAUUUAAAUAUAAAACCACUCAGUUAAAAAGUGUUUGUAGUCAUUUAAGAAAAGUCUGUUUCUGAAUCGGCCUCCUGUGUACUCCUGCCAACCGCAGUGUUCAGUACAUACUGUAUACUGAGUACUGUGUUCUAUAGUAGUAUUCAGUCUGACUGUUAUUCUGUAGUAUGGUUGGUCUGGUUUAACUGGUUUCCAGUAUGAAAAAGUCCGUCAUACUCUGGUAAAUUAAAGCGACGCCACAGAGUUGUUCGUUCAUUUACACACUGAAAAAAAUUCUUGUUUUAAUUUGAUUUUUUUCUGGAUUUUUUUAGUCCAAAACCAUCAGAACAUGUUCUGUCUCUGCAACGACUCGUCGAUGAUCUGGCGGCGUUUGAUUCUCAUCACGGCGCUGUAAAUACAGCAGACGUUCAGAUGGUCAAAUAGCGUCUUGUCUGCUGAUUGAGUCCGACUGUUUUAACGUUUACUCUCCUUUCUGCAUUAAAGCUUUAGACCCCCUCUAAUGUCAGUUGUCUGGAAACAUGGCUGAUGGCGUGCGCCGUGUGAGGUCAACAUCAGGCGUACCGUACAGAUUAGAGGACGAGGAGAAGGCGGAAAAUUUGAGGCUUUGAUGGAAAUAGAGGAUAAAAACUGUCCGGUAUGAAAACAGACAUUCUUGUCAGCGGUUUUCACACAGAAAGAAGAAGAAGAAGACGAAGAAGAAGAAGAAGAAGAAGAAGACAGGCUGUCAGAGGACGGAUCUGUUAGCUGUCCUCUUAAUGAACGCUCCGCUCAAACGUUUUAACGCUCUCCAUUAUUCCGCCGUCUGCCCAGGCACUUUGCAUUGUGGGUAACAGUAGGCGAAGCAGACUGGUCCGAUACAUACUGUGAAAUUUUCCUGAAUCAGCACGUCAUCCGGGUGUUUUUGGCAAACUGUAAAGUUCAUACUUGUUCACCUGCUGCAGACUGUAAACUGAAUGUUGGGUAAAUCUGAACGAACUGUGAGGACAGGAGGAGAGUUCAAAGAUGGCGAGGGACAGCAUGUGUAGACUGAGGUGCUGCUGCGGUCAUAUUUCAGGUUAUUUUAUGACAGUUUAAUGCCUACAGCGUGUUUGGUUUGGAUGUUCAGUCAGUGGUCUCCUGGUCUGGAUCCUUCACUCCUCUCAGGUAUCUCUGCAAAGAUCCAAAGAUCGAUGAGUCCACUCAGGAGCCGGAGACCUGCAAAGACAUGACGGCCUGGGGUGAGUGGACUCUUCACACGCUGCAGGACGUCCUCUGUUUGACCUCUGGGAGGGUUUCAGUCCCUCAAACAUAAAACACACUGACUAUGUUACAUGUUAUUUAAUCAUUUUAUUUUGAAAGGGCUUUGGAAGUGAAAAUUAUGGGAAAAUAAUCUUAAUCAAAGAGUUUUGUUAAACAGAUCUGUUAACCCUUCAGCUCGGAGGUGAAAAUAAAAAACACGUGAUCACCUUUAACUUCCACCUUCAUCCUGAUGGUCUCCUAAAAGGUCGUAUCCUCCGAUCGUAGCUGAUCGUAACCAUUCAAGUUAACGUGUCAAUUUACACCGACUUCUUUCCGUUCCUCUGCGGAUCGCCGGACUCCUCAGCUGAUCACAAGAGUUCUAUUUUUUCUGGACGCCGGAGCAUGGCGGAUAAAUUCAGCACAGAUUAACCCGUGCUGGAAAGGAAGUCGGGCACAGACACAAAAUAAAACAUCCGGCUUCUUUUCAAAAUAAAACGCUCCGUGUUUCAGGAGGAUCGUAUUUCACACCAUGCAAACGGGCGGAGACGAACAAGUGAAAGGUUUUUAGACGUCAUUUCACCCCGAUGACACCAUGGAUGAGGAGAUGCUGAUUCUAGAAGUCUAGAAGUAGAUUUCCUCCUCUGGAAGGACACAAUCUACUGCUUAUAUGUCUAUGUGUCUGUCUUUAUAGAGACAACUUGUUAUCGUGAGAUUGAACGUGAAUCUGCGGGUUCUUGUGAGUUUUUGCGAUUCCCACUGUCUGAAAUCCGCCACGAAAUUCGCCUCACAAACGGAUGCGGUAGAAAUUGGCAGACGGUGAAAAUCGCCGCCGUUCUGGAUGCGGUGGAAAUUGAGGAAAACUCAUGUACAGAAAACCAUCUUUAACCUGCUGCUACAACCUUCAGAUUCAACCUUAUUCUCUUCUUAUCAGUCGACUGUAGAGAUUCAGAUUGUUCUAAUAGUCUACCUGUGUGUGUGUGUGUGUGUGUGUUUGUGUGUGUGUGUGUGUGUGUGUGUUUGUGUGUGUUUACAGUGGAGUGCCUCCCAGCUCCGAACAUCAGCUGUCGGCUUUCUAACGGGACAGAGUUCAGGUUCAGCGGUGAGGAGGUGGGCUUCAACAAAACCAUCCCCUGCAGGAAUGUGUGAGUGCUCUGAUACACACAAACACACACACACACACACACACACACACACACACACACACACACACACACACACACACACACACACACACACACACACACACACACACACACCUCCUGUUCAGAGGAUAAACUGUCAGCUUCAGGGUUGAUUUAUCAGAGUUUUCAGAUUUUCUCUUCCUGAAUCUAAAACAAAGACAUUUAUGUUCACAGUGAUAAUGAUACUGCUCUGAUCAAUAUGAUCAAUAAGAUCAAUAGGAUCAUGUCUGAUCACUCUGGUGUUUCCUCUCAGGAGCGGUUACUCCUAUAAGGUCGCUGUGGCUCUGUCUCUGUUCCUGGGCUGGCUCGGAGCCGACCGCUUCUACCUGGGAUAUCCUGCUCUAGGUACACACACACACACACACACACACACAUACACACACACACACACACACACACGUACACAUGUACACACACACGUACGUACACACACACACACACACACACACACAUUCAGUGAUUUUGAAGCGUGCUUGUCUGAGUUAUCGUCAGUCUUCAGGGUUUUAGUCACAGUGGAUGUUAGUACUUGUUUGUAGAGAGACCUCAGACCAGUCCAUUACGGACUACAGCGGGGUGACGCAGCUCAAGGAAGAACAUCUAUGAUCAUUUCUUUAUCAUUUCCCUGAAGUAAUAAUCUCCAUAUUAAUCAUUUUACAGACGCGGUAGUUCUUCUGUCUCAGCGUCUCGGUCUGAUUGUAUUUCCAUGAAGAAAUGAUCAUAAAUGUUCUUCCUUGAGCUGCGGCACCCCGCUGUAGUCUGUAAUGGACUGGCCUGAGGUCUCUGUAGAGAAGCAAGCGGUCAACAACAUUCAUCUCUGGAGGGGGGGUCUAACUCGGUGUUAAGGUGGGGUUGACCCUAGAUUAAUUUUACGCCUGAAUAUCCCUUUAAUGGUCAUUUUGUCUCCCUGAGCGCUGAUGGAAACAGGAAGUCCAUAUUUGGAGUUUUUUCAGCCUGAAUUGUGUUUUUGUUUGUCACUGAUCUCCACACAAUACAGAGUAAUAAUAACAUUUAUGAUGAACACAAGAGUGAGACUGAGCCACACUCAUCCUUCUUUAACCACACACCUGCAGGAAUACAAAGGCUGUGAGUGUGUGAGUGUGUGUCAGUGUGUGUGUGUGUGUGUGCGUGGGUGUGUGUGUGUGGUCUGGAUGGAGGACAGCUGCCUCGUUUGGCUCACGUUUGUUCGAUCUGAGCCAAACCAGAUUUUUCCUGAAAAUGAAUUUCAGAAAAGGAGUUUGUUAAAAAACCUUCAACAGUCACACUAACCCAGAAUAAACCAGAUUAAACCGGAUUAAACCAGAUUAAACCAGAUUAAAGGAGUUUAAAACAGGAAGUCUGACCAGCGCCCCCUACAGGCCACAGAGCAGAGAGUACAGACUGAUCCUUCAAUUGAAGGAAGUCUAAAAACAUCAAACAGGGUAGAGUUCAGAAACACAGGUAGGACACUCACUAUGGCGGUGACCUUUGACCUUUACUCACCUGGUUACCCCCCCCCCCCUCCCCAGGUCUGCUGAAGUUCUGCACCGUCGGUUUCUGUGGAAUCGGGACUUUGAUCGACUUCAUCCUGAUCGCCAUGCAGGUGAGAGUCACUGACAUAGAUCUGAAACAUAGAUCCUCUCUUCUCUCCUCUCCUCCCUCUCUCUCCUCUCUCCUUCUCUCCUCUCCUCCCUCUCUCUCCUCCCCCCUGCUCCUUUUCUCUGAAUGAUCCAUCUGAGCGGCUCACGGCGGCGGCGUUAGCGUAGCCUCAUAUUUUAGCGGCUAACCGCCCUGCAGGAGAGCGCGGCUGAUGAAAAAAGGGGCGUCGGCCUUCUGAAGAUUAUUUACGUCUGUGGUGAGCGGCGCUGCGUCUCUGAGGCGCUGCGUCUCUGCAGCAUGACUGAUGUUUCUAGAAGCUUCUAAUGGACUCUGAGAGGACGGGGACAGACAGAUGGAGAAAGGGGAGCAGGAGGUGAAGGCGGCGUGAAUCACUCCUUCCUGUUAGGCGGGACAGACGGAACAUCAUGUGACCAUCAGACUGAAGUGACCAGGAUACAUGAACCUCAGAAACAGAUCUUCAUCAUCGAGUGUCUUUGUCUCCCUCCUCUCACCCGUCUCAGUCUGUCUCAGUCUGUCUCACCCGUCUCAGUCUGUCUCACCCGUCUCUCAGGUGUGAAUGUCCUUCUCUGUCUUCUCCUCCUGCAGAUCGUCGGUCCUGCAGACGGAUCGGAUUACAUCGUGGACUAUUACGGCGCCCGGCUGACCCGCCUGUCCAUCACCAACGAGACGUACAGGAAGCCACACCUGUCUCUGUGAACACACUUGGACACGCCCACUAACAGGAACAGGGUAAAGCCACUGAUCACAUGACCCCUUCACUGACUGAAACCUCAUUUUGAAACAAAGAUGGCGGCAGCCCCCUUUUCAUGGUGAUAUCUGUAAGUUAAAAAUUUUACCCUUCCUACCAUCAUGGACGCCAUCUUGAAAAUGACGCCUUUCUCAUGGUCAAACUUUGGUCAACUUUGGGUUUGUUAUAAAGGACGUCUAAUACUAUGAAAAACAGCUGAGGAACCUUUGUUAGAUUAUUUUAGGGUCAUAUUUGUACGUGACGACAGAUCAGGAGUGAGGUUUAGAAACUCGGAGGUCUGAAGGUCGGCGCGGUCUCUGUUCGCCCUCAGCUGUUAGAUAUCAGAGCGAAGAGUCAACACGCCGACGGUCUCUCUGGGAAUAAAGGAGUGACGGCGCUCCUUUUUCCCAGCGUCCUCUCUGAUGGGUUACAGUGAAGAGUUCUGAGGGUCCGGUCCGUCACAGUUUGGUUCAGUGACCCUGAGUGUUGUUUUCUGUUUUUUCUGCAGGUCAGUGAAGUAAGCGCUGAUUAAAGGGUUAUUACGCUAAUCUGUGCUCUGAAUGACAGUUUAUGACUAAAGCUCCGCCCAGACUGUGACCUCAUCAAACAGUCACCGUUCGUCACUGACUGGAGCUUUAAUUCACUCUGUCGUCCUCUUUGUUUAUGUCAUUUGUUUUUUCAGGAGUUAUAAAUAAAGUUGUUUUUCUGUCAUUAUUGAUUAUUGUAAAUAAAAAAAAACACUUCCUAAAAAUCAAACGACUGAAACGCAAACGCUCAUCUGUGUGUGUGUGUUUGUGUGUGUGUGUGUGUGUGUGUGUGUGUGUGGAGGCUCAGAGGACAGAAAAGUGUUUUUAAAGCCUGCAGUGUCUUCUGUUUCAAUAUAAUCCAUGAAUACACACUAACACUGUGUGUGUGUGUGUGUGUGUGUGAGAAAAAGAGAGAGAGUGUGUGUCUUUUAUUUCCAUGUCGAGUUAGCAGCCAUGUGGCUUUCAUCAAAAUUCAAUUAUCAUACUGUAGCACGCUUCACAGGAGACACACACACACGUACACAGUUUAUACACACACACACACACACACUCCAGGAAGAGGAGAAAGCUGAAACAGGGAGUGUCUUAAUAGUUUCAGUAUGCUUCUCCUCACUGUAAACCUGUAUGUGUGUGUGUGUAUAUGUGUAUGUGUAAACUGUAUGUGUGUGUGUGUGUGUGUAGGGGGGGGGUUGUAACGCCUUGUAAUGGAUUAAAGGUGCAGUGCAAACGUCCCUUUUCUCAGUUUUUUUCGUUGUCUAAAUAAAAACUCGAAAAUGUUGUUGUAGGUCUAAAAUUUCUGCUGUA